AUGCGCUCAUCCACUGCUACCACACUCGCAGCCAUUGUCUCCGUGGCAUCAGCGCAGCAUAAAUUACCUGCCAGUGAGGUGCCCUUCAUUGGAGGUAAUAUUUUCAACGUAUCUGAUCCCAAACUCCUCAACUACACCUUCACCUACACAAAGCCUUUUGAUCCGAGCGUCUACGGGGGCUACUAUAACUGGGCAGUUAGCAACGAAACGGUCGCCGCCGCGAAUUUCUCCGGGUAUGACGUUGGCCAGGGUUACUAUAUUCCCGAUGGCUCGUACACCAUAUACCCUUUCUUCUUGUUGAACGAGGGCAAGCCCAACGCUAUCAACAAGACUGCCUUAUUUCCCACUCACGAGGACGACAAUGAUUGCAGCCAAAAAGUCAAGAAGAUCCUUCACAUUGUUUUCGAAAAUGAGGUCUUCAGCUGGACCAUGAGCGACCCUUACUGGCAGCUGCUCGCCACCAAGGGCAAGUUGUUGACCAACAGUCACGGAAUCACCCACCCUUCCCUGCCUAACUAUGCCGCUCUUAUUUCUGGAGACUUCUUCGGCAUAGACCAUGAGGACUUUUACAAUGUCAAUGCCACGACUAUCUACGACCUUCUCGACGACAAGGGAAUCAACUAUGCAACCUAUGCCGAGUGGUACGACCCGAUUUCCACCCACCGUGGUCCUCUUGACUGCAACAACUACAUCUUCAACGGCCCCAUUGACAGCACGAACCCGGAUUGGAAUUCUCAAAUCUACCGUCGUCUCGAUGUCCCCGCUCUGCUCUUCUCCAGCUAUACUAGCGACUACACGCGCUGCAGUAAGAUCUACGAUGCCAAUAACACUUUCGCGGACCACGUCAAGACGCAUACUCUCCCGGCUUAUACAUUCUACGUUCCAGAUAUGCUCCACAAUGCCCACGAUCCCGAGUCAAACAGCGACUACGUCCAUCAGCCAACGACUGCCGGCUCCUGGUUCAACUCUUUCCUCGAUCUGUACCUACCCGAACUCGAGAAGCAAGGCACUCUCGUAGUUGCCACGAUGGAUGAAGCUACCUGGCAAAACGACGAUGACUCGACCCCGAACAAUAACAAUCAUAUCGUGACUAUGCUCUUUGGCGCUGGUGUUACUCCAAACACGAAGGAUGAUACUUACAUCACUCACUAUGGUGUUCUUCGUGGUGCCAUCCAGAAUUUUGGCCUCGGUUCUCUGGGACGCAAUGACACCAAUGCCACCAAUGGAAAUCUUUAUGAUUUCUUCGACCAUAAGAAGGCAGAGGAUAUCUAA